GGAAGCUAAAUUUGGCAAGCAGUUUUCCACCGCGCGCGAACACCGGUGCCUCUCUCUCUCUGUCUAGCGAGUAGCGAGUAGCGACUCCUGUCCGCUCGAACUCGCAUCUUUUCCGCUGCUAUGCAAAUCCGUCCAUCCUCUUUUUGCACUAUUGAAAUUAGCAGCUAGCAGAGCAGGGGUUCGACGACAACAACGGACACACACAUCGUCUAUCAGUGCUCAUCCAACAAUCCGUGCGCGACCAAGGCAAUAAUGGUGUCGUCCUCCCGUGCUGUCGUCGUCGUCGUCGGCCUCCUCGUCGCCGCGUCCUCCCUCGCCGUCGCUGCCUCCGAUGGCGGUGGGCCGACGUACGGGUACACGGCGGGGAGCCCCGACGGGCCGGAGAACUGGGGCAAGCUGAGCCCCGCGUACAAGCUGUGCGGGCAGGGGAAGCAGCAGUCCCCGAUCGACAUCGUCACCAAGCAGGCCGUCCCCAACGCCAACCUCGACACCCUCAACCGCACCUACGCCGCCACCGCCGCCACGCUCAUCAACGACGGCCACGACAUCACGAUGACGUUCGAGGGCAAGGUCGGGACGGUAAUGGUGAACGGCAAGGCGUACAGCUUCGAGAAGAUGCACUGGCACUCGCCGUCCGACCACACCAUCAACGGCCAGAGGUUCCCGCUGGAGCUGCACCUGGUGCACAGGAGCGCCGACGGCGCGCUGGCCGUCAUCGGGAUCCUCUACCAGCUGGGCGCCCCGGACUCCUUCUACUACCAGCUGAAGCGGCAGCUGGGCGAGAUGGCCAAGGACCGGUGCAGCUUCGGCGAGGAGGAGUCGCACGAGGGCGUCGCCCUCAUCCACCUGCGCUCGCUGCAGAAGCGCACCGGCAGCUACUUCCGGUACACGGGCUCCCUCACCGUGCCGCCCUGCACCGAGAGCGUCGUCUGGAGCGUCCUCGGCAAGGUGCGGCAGAUCAGCAAGGAGCAGCUGCAGCUGCUCAAGGCGCCGCUGCCCGGGAACGACGCACGCCCCACGCAGCCGCUCAACGGCAGGACCGUCCAGUUCUACAACCCGCCCAACAGCACCGUCUCCUUCCAUAUGUAAUGUAAUAUGAUUAACGAGAUGUAUAUGUCGUUUAUGUUAUGAAGUAAAUAUAUAUGUGCAUGCAUUAUUAUUGCCUAUAUAUUAUUUGGUGUAGUAUUUGUGGCAGUAUAGUGCUAAAAUGGGUCUGGUUUUGAUUUGUAACGUACACAUAUAUAUGUCUAGCCUAGAUUGUCUCUACCCC